GGCAGCCGCGGCGGGCCGGGUGCGCACUCUCGGGAUGGAGGGCGAGCGCCUGGCAUCUCCGGCGCGCUCCUCCGGCCUCCCGGCUGGGGGCGCCGGUGGGGAAAGCCCGGGGGUCGACGCCCCCCUCCUGGGCAGCAGCGGCUCCUCCACCCUGCUCCAGGCCGAGGUGCUGGAUCUGGACGAGGACGAGGACGACCUGGAGGUGUUCAGUAAGGAUGCCUCGUUGAUGGACAUGAAUUCCUUCAGCCCUAUGAUGCCAACGUCCCCUCUAUCAAUGAUUAACCAAAUCAAGUUUGAAGAUGAGCCAGAUUUGAAAGAUCUUUUCAUUACAGUUGAUGAACCUGAAAGCCAUGUUACCACAAUUGAAACUUUCAUUACUUACAGGAUUAUUACUAAGACAUCUCGUGGGGAAUUUGACUCCAGUGAAUUUGAAGUUAGGAGACGUUAUCAAGAUUUCCUUUGGUUGAAAGGAAAACUUGAAGAAGCACACCCCACUCUGAUUAUUCCACCAUUGCCUGAGAAGUUUAUCGUGAAAGGUAUGGUGGAACGCUUUAAUGAUGACUUCAUUGAAACACGAAGGAAGGCACUACAUAAGUUCCUGAACCGAAUUGCUGAUCACCCGACUCUAACAUUUAAUGAAGACUUCAAAGUAUUUCUUACUGCACAAGCUUGGGAGCUCUCUUCUCACAAGAAGCAAGGGCCUGGAUUACUCAGCAGGAUGGGGCAGACAGUCAGAGCUGUUGCACUGUCAAUGAGAGGAGUAAAAAGCCGCCCAGAAGAGUUCAUGGAAAUGAAUAACUUUAUUGAAGUUUUUAGCCAGAAAAUAAAUUUGAUAGACAAAAUAUCUCAGAGAAUUUACAAGGAAGAAAGGGAAUAUUCUGAUGAAAUGAGAGAAUAUGGCCCAAUUCAUAUUCUGUGGUCAGCGUCAGAAGAAGAUCUGGUUGAUACUCUAAAAGGGAUUGCCAGCUGCAUUGACAAAUGCUCUAAGGCCACUGAAAAACGGAUGUCUGGACUCUCAGAGGCCCUGCUUCCUGUAGUACAUGAGUAUGUACUUUAUAGUGAAAUGUUAAUGGGUGUUAUGAAAAGGAGAGACCAAAUACAAGCAGAACUGGAUUCCAAAGUGGAAGCUUUGACCUAUAAAAAGGCAGAUACUGAUCUGCUUACAGAAGAGGUUGGAAAACUUGAAGAUAAAGUUGAAUGCGCUAAUAACGCCUUGAAAGCAGACUGGGAAAGAUGGAGACAUAAUAUGCAAAAUGAUAUCAAGUCAGCAUUUACAGAUAUGGCUGAGGAGAAUAUCCAGUAUUAUGAACAGAUAAGAAACCGAGGCCUGGAGAAAUCAAACAGCUUAUAUGAUCUCACGUGACCAUCAGUGUGAUUCACAUCAAAGGUCUGUGCUCUUAACCACUACCCUAAACUGUCUUCCCUAUUUAAGAACUCCAGGCGCUUUUGCUUAUUUUUAAUAAGCAGAAACCACUUUACAUUUCCCUGAAGCAUUAGUUCUGUGGUGCUGGGAACAGUGGAGUUCUCUCAGCAAAGUCCCUUGGAAAAGUGAGAGGGUAUCAACCCCACCACAUAGAGGGAGGAAGAGCCACGACUGUGGCCACAGCAAGUGUCUCUCACCUUUAGAAACUCUGCUGAGUGGCAGAGAGGAGGAAAUACCCCUGUCAACAAUUGUGGUGAUUUACUAGGUAAGAUGUUGAGAACUAACCAAAAAUAGACCUGCUUGGAUGGGCCUUUAUCCUGUCUCUAUGUGAAGUCACUUCAUUUCCUAGACUGUCGGCAAAAUGAAGGAAUGUAUUAGCUGACUAAAAGUAUCUUCUACCUCUAAAAUGAUGAGGGUCUAUGAGACAUGGCAUUCAGAUCGUAGAUUUCCUUACCUUGACUCCAGUUUCCAUCUUACACCAUGUUACUUCCUUUCUAAAUUCAGUUCAGCCUGUAUUGGUUCUUUCUUAAUGAAAACAUACUGACUCAGGAGGGAACUAGAAUAGUGGAUAUGCUAAUAGUGGAUAUGCUACUGUCAAAGCCACUUUGAAAUACAAGAUUUCAAAGAAACUGCUGUUCUUCCAUGUUAAUCUUUGCCGAAGAUUCUUAAUCCACAAAAUAACAUUCUAAGCAGAAACCCCAAAAACCUUACUAUUAGGAAGAAGUUUUAAGCAAGGGCUAUUGUUCCUAUAAUGCUUACUGACAUUUAAUGGCAAGAAGUGCCAUGAUAUUCUCUGUAAAUCCAGCAUAAAUGUACUAAUCUAUUUCUUGAAUGCCUUUGAGGUUUCUAUGUCAGCUUUACCAGGGGUCAUUGGGUAAAUAUUAGGCCAGUUUCUUAGUAGUGUAUAUUUAACUUAGUUAAUAUGCGUGUUCUAUGAUACAAACAGGGGGUUAUUCUAAGUUCUACUUAUUAUUUCCUCACAUUGUUCUAUGGUGCAAACAAUGCAUGCUAUAAACUAUUCGUAAUCACUACUAUUUUUUUCCUCAACAAAGACAUCUUAUAUCUAAGAGCUUUAAUAUUGUUUUAACUUCAGAGCCAUUUGAUAAAAAUAUUGCAAGAAAAGAAAUAAUUCAAAUAUGUUUUCUUGGUGCUGUCCAGAACCCAUACAUAGAAUCCAAUGUAAGACUGCUAUUCCCAGAUUGUCUUAUGUCUCCAUAUACAACCAGUUCAACCAUUUUUGAUUGACGUGGUGAGUCAGUUCAGUGAAACAACCUGUCAGUUUCAUCUUAUAUAACAGUCCAACCAAUUUAACUGAAUUGCCAAGGAGUUUGAAACAACCAAGCAAUCAACUCAAACAAAGCAAUUAAAGUGAUUUUACCUGUAGGUACAGUCUAAGUGAUUGAUAUGAAGUUCCAUAUUUGGAUAUUUUAUCCACACAAAAAUUAUGUUUUCCUUAUUGUAAAAUAUUCCUAUUGUUUUAUUAUGUUAUAUUCUUCUAAAAUUAAAUUUACAUGGAAAUAUCCUGAAUUUCUAGAACUGCAAAAUGAAUAAUUUCUAGAUUUAUCUCUAUAAUCUACUGAGAAAAGCUUUAAGAUGGCAGUGAAAAAUAAAAUUGACACACGGCACCUUAACAACUGUAGCUAGUUAAAAAUAAUAUAAGAGGCCCCUGGAUGGCUCAGUCAGUUAAGCCUCUGACUUGAGCUCAGGUCAUGAUCUUGUGGUUCACAAGUCCGAGCCCCGUGUUGGGCUCUGGGCUGACAGCUCAGAGCCCGGAGCCUGCUUCAGAUUCUGUGUCUCCCCCUCUCUCUGCCCCUCUCCUACUCAUGCUCGCGUGCUCACUCUCUCUCUCAAAAAUAAAUGAACAUUAAAAAAAAUUUUUUUAAAGAAUAAUAUGAAUAAUGUUAGUUUUAAAAAGCAAUUAAAAGAUUUUUUUAAAUAUUUAUUUACUUGUGAGAGAGAGAGACAGAGCACAAGCAGGGGAAGAGCAGAGAGAGAAAGAGAGAGAGAGAGAAUGAAUCCGAAGCAGGCUCUAGUCUCUGAGUUGUCAGCACAGAGCCCAGUGUAGGGCUUGAACUCAUGGGCAUGACCUCAGCCGAAGUCGGAAGCUCAACUGACUGAGCCACCUAGGCACCCCUUAAAAACAACUUUUAAGAAGAUAGAGUACAAAAUAUUUACUGAAAGCAAUGUCUAUUCAAUGACAUCAACAAUUUUGAUCAAGCCAUCUUUUUUUUCUUUUUGUAUGAAUUAUUUCACAGAGGAAUAUUUGAGUUUCCAUGAUUGUAUAGACAUUUUAGUUGCUUAUUCACUAGUCAGAAUGCUGAGCUUUGCACUUUAGAUUA